AAAAAGGGGAGGAGGAAAGGGGCAAAGCGGUUGUUUUUCUGAGUCUCGACUGUUGUGACGCAUUCAACAAUUGUUUACUGGUUUCGAUUUUGAACGUAAUUAUCGUCUAAAAUACAUAGUUUUUCAAGCGUAGAUUGUGCAUAUUUUGCUUUUGCGAGCGGUAUUAACAUUGCACAACGUAAACAAACCGGUGUCAAACGUUAAAGCUUAGCUACGUUACGAAUACUGCGUAAGGAAAGUUAACACUGUUUCGCCAACAUGAGGGGGAGUUCUUCUUUUGGAGACAGAGACAGGGGCCGUGGACGAGACAGGCCACAGUUUGGGUCCAUGGGCGGUCGCAAUGGACCCCCACCAAUGAAGUUUGGGAAUCCAGGUGAGCGUCUUCGCAAGAAGAAGUGGAACCUGGACGAGCUGCCAAAAUUUGAGAAGAACUUCUACACUGAACACCCAGAGCUCCAACACAAGAGUCAGUAUGAAAUGGAAGAGUAUUGCAAAAAGAAGGAGAUCACCAUCAGAGGCACUGGCUGUCCAAAAGCGAUCUCUGCUUUUCACCAGGCGCAGUUUCCUCAGUAUGUGAUGGAUGUUCUGAUGCAGCAGAACUUCAAGGAGCCAACAGCGAUCCAGUCUCAGGGCUUCCCUGUGGCCCUGAGCGGCAGGGACAUGGUGGGGAUCGCACAGACUGGCUCUGGAAAGACACUGGCUUAUCUUCUGCCUGCUAUUGUACACAUCAACCACCAGCCUUAUCUGGAGAGGGGAGAUGGCCCAGUUUGUCUGGUGGUUGCCCCAACCAGAGAGCUGGCUCAGCAGGUUCAACAGGUCACAUAUGAAUUUGGCAAGUCUUCACGAAUCAAAAGCACCUGUGUCUAUGGUGGAGCACCCAAAGGACCACAGAUUCGAGACCUCGAGAGAGGUGUUGAGAUAUGUAUUGCCACACCUGGUCGCCUCAUUGACUUCUUGGAGACUGGGAAAACUAACCUGCGGCGCUGCACCUACCUCGUGCUGGAUGAGGCUGACCGCAUGCUGGACAUGGGCUUCGAGCCACAGAUUCGCAAGAUAGUUGAACAAAUCAGGCCUGAUAGACAGACACUGAUGUGGAGCGCAACCUGGCCAAAGGAGGUCCGGCAGCUUGCCCAGGACUUCCUGAAGGACCACAUCCAGAUCAAUAUUGGUGCUCUAGAGCUCAGUGCCAACCAUAACAUCCUACAGAUUGUCGAUGUGUGCAUGGACAGUGAAAAGGACCGGAAACUUUUUCAGCUGAUGGAGGAGAUAAUGGCUGAAAAAGAGAACAAAACCAUCAUUUUUGUGGAGACUAAAAAACGUUGUGAUGAGCUUACCAAGAGGAUGAGGCGGGACGGGUGGCCGGCCAUGUGUAUCCAUGGAGACAAGAGCCAGCCAGAAAGAGACUGGGUGCUUGCAGAAUUUCGGAGUGGUAAAGCUCCCAUACUGAUUGCUACCGAUGUGGCCUCUCGCGGUCUGGAUGUGGAAGAUAUCAAGUUUGUCAUCAACUAUGACUAUCCCAACUCCUCUGAGGAUUAUGUCCACCGUAUUGGACGUACGGCCCGCAGUACCAACAAGGGCACUGCCUACACCUUCUUCACCCCAGGGAACUUGCGGCAGGCCAGAGACCUGGUCCGGGUGCUGGCGGAGGCCCGGCAGGCCAUCAACCCUAAACUGCUUCAGUUUGCGGACUCAGGGCAAGGGGGAGGAAGAGGGGGUGGCAGAAUGCGUUACCGCGGCAGCGGUUACAACAACCCUAGCCACAUGUACCAGGGGGACUGUGAUCGCCGCAUGCACACCGGUGGUGGCGGCGACAGCAAAGACAGCCGCAGUGGCUUCAGCCGGGAGGGCCGCAACGAUCGUAAUGGAGAGCGCUCCACUUCUUCCUCCUUUAAGGACAGGAGCCAGGAUCACAGGAAUAGCUUCAACUCGGGCUCAGAUCAGUACCAGAGUUACAGCGGCAGAGGGGGCUACAACUCCCGCAGCGCAGGCCAGUCUGGCGGAGGCCCGGAUAAGUCUAGCCAGCCGCAGGGUCCGUUUGGCCAGCCUCCUCCUCCUCUUCCUCCUCCAUCAUCAGGGGGGGCGUGGCCUCUGAUGGUUCACCAGUUUGCUCAACCUAAGCCAACGCCAGUGGGCUUCAUGGGGCAACCCUCUUACAAUUUUGCUUCUCCACCCCCUCCUCCCCCAGGCCCUCCACCUCCACGGAACUAGAAUUAUAAGCAAGACACACUAAUUUUCAGUGAGUUUAAGUUAAUUUGCACUACUUGGUGUUAACAGCGUUACUUUGUUUUUACUCUCAGAUUCUUUGUCAUCUCCAAUAAGCGGGGCUUUUAAAAAAGCAUAUAUCUAUGUUGGUAAUUGCUUAAAUUAAAUUAGUUUCACACUUUUUAAUAAUAAACCUCAACCAAUUUUUCAACCUUGGUUUUAAUUCUCCAGUCUUAUACAAUUGUUAUCAUUCAUCACCUGUAUUAGGAUUAGUAUUUGGUUGGAAUGAAAACUACAUUUACACUGAGUACUCAGUACUUGUACAUGGUGGAAAGUGAUUUCUCAUAUAAACUGUCCCAUUCCAGAGUCAAGUUUCACUCUAGCUUAAUUUGAAGUUAAAACUCUUUGACUUAUUUUGUUAGAGGUUUUGAUGCAAUAUAAUUAUUGCAAUUAUUUAGUUUUUAGUUUUUAUUUGAAUGGACUAGAUUUAGAUACAUUUCAUCUGGUUACUUUUACCUGUCUUGUAGCGGAACAAAACUGAUGUUUCAGUUUACUUGUCAUGUAACUGUUUCAGUCACAUAUUGUUUUAGUAAGCAGAUAAACUAAUGCUGACUUAUUUUCAGGGGGAUUGUUAACUAAAUUGCAGCUUGUUGAUUGUUUCCUCUUUCUUCUUGUGUUCUUUUUUUCUUAAAUAAAAGAAAGCAG